UCCUUCGCGGGCUACUGCUGACCCCGCUGCCACCCACACCCCGCAGUCAAUAGAAAAUGGUGGGUCGGAACAGCGCCAUCGCCGCCGGUGUAUGCGGCGCCCUUUUCAUCGGGUACUGCAUUUACUUCGACCGCAAGAGACGGAGUGACCCAAAUUUCAAGAACAGACUGCGAGAGCGAAGAAAGAAACAGAAGCUUGCCAAGGAGAGAGCUGGACUUUCCAAGUUACCAGAUCUUAAAGAUGCUGAAGCUGUUCAGAAAUUCUUCCUUGAAGAAAUACAGCUUGGUGAAGAGUUACUAGCCCAAGGUGAAUAUGAGAAGGGUGUGGACCAUUUGACAAAUGCAAUUGCUGUGUGUGGGCAGCCACAGCAGUUACUGCAAGUGUUACAGCAAACUCUUCCACCACCAGUGUUCCAGAUGCUUCUGACUAAGCUCCCAACAAUUAGUCAGAGAAUUGUAAGUGCUCAGAGCUUGGCUGAAGAUGAUGUGGAAUGAGAAACAAAUGCCAAAAUAAUAAAAUUUCAAUUAAAAAUAUUUUGAAAUUCUUAACUUGGAAGAUGAGCUGAUCUGGGGGAAUAAGGGCAAAUAAGCUUCUUAUGGACGGACUGUGUACUACACUGAAAUCUGCCAAAGUUAAUUUUUAUUUUGUGUAGAUUCAUUUGUUUUAUUUAUUUUUCCCAGUGAAAAGUGUAUUUUGAUAGAGAAUUUUUCAUUUUAUAAAUACACUAUGAGUUAUCAAAAUACCAUGAAUUUUGUUUAUUUCUAAAGCAUAAAAUUAAAAUGUACAUAAGACAUUUACCUAUGUUAAGAAUACUCAGUGUUCAGUUUUGAAAGA